CAACACUACUAUAUAACAAAUAAUUUGAGAUUAUGUUCUAUGAUAAUCCACCAUGACGGAUACAGUUGAAUUAGAGAGUAAGGAGGAAUAUGAGAAAGAUCCCGACUCCCGACUGCCUGCGGAGGGAUAUGAGAAAGUUCACAACUCCCGACUGAAGAGCCUAGAUGCGCCGUUGUUUUGUGAUGCUAUCAUAAAGAUCAUGAACAUUGAUUACAAUACAGAACAAAUUUCAUUUAACGGUACUCCAUCUCAAUUCGUGGACUUCAAAGCAUUAACAUUUAUUGGAUCUUCACUCCGCUCCUCAAUUGAUAGUGUUUUACAGUCCGAUAAGCCUGACUUGAACGAGCAAGUAACUCAUCUGUUGCCGCUCUGCAAACAUCUUGCUAUUGAAAGUCACAUCGCUCUUACCUCUCGAAUGGAGUCAUCAUUACCACUUGAAAUGUCUGAGUUCCACGACUCAAUCUGGUCCUCAACAAACCUAUCCUUAUUGUGCAGCGAGAGUGGUGUUGACCGGAUAUUUGGGUUGAUAGUUGUCACCGCUAAACUAGAAUGGGUUAUCAGCUGCCUGGUUGAUCGUCGACUCCAACUAAAAGAUAAUCUUCAAUCUGAUAAAGUAAGGUGUAUUUUAGGAAAUGAUAUGGUUCUUGUUCUGCAGUGUUUAUUGGGCUGUGUUAAGGGGUUUAAUCUGAAGAAUCUUACCUGGCACGGGUUUAUAUCUCCUUCAAACAUCCCUCAGGAACUCUGCUCUCUUCUGUUCUGCUCUGUGUUAACUAUAAGUUCUCGGCUCUCCAAUAACGUCUUCAAAGCUAGGACCUCUGCUUUCAUUCCAGAAAUUCCUAACCUGUCUGUAAUUCCUGGAAUUCCCUUCUCUACUUGUGAAUCAAUUCUCGAAAACUCUGCCCUUAUUCAUCCAAAUCAGAAGAAACUGUGGUUGAUUUUUUUACAGAACUCAAGAGGUUCACCACCCUGUGGAGAUACCCCCAUGUUAGUGAGUAUAAAUGUAGUGCUGCUUCAGCACUGUCUGAGGAGGUUGUGGGUUGUUGCAUCAGACUCAGAUGUAACAAGGUGCAGUGCUCAGAAUACUAAGUUUUAUAUCACAUUGGACGAGAUAUUCUCCCCUGUCAUACCCUCUGAUGUUGCAAGACCAGGUGCUAGCUAUUACUCUUCGAUGUACUCUAAAAAUCAAUCAGAUGUUUCGGAGAACGUUUUGAUUCCCAUUCUAGGUUCUGGAACGUUCUAUGCUCUUCUGGAUCUUUUUGUCCACGGGGAGGGGUUGAGACUGAGAGAUAAGCUGAGUCACUGUGAGUGUGAUACUGUUAAUUUAACUGUUGCUCGUCAUCUCUUUCAUCUUACUUUCUCCAUCUUGGCUAGAUUUUGUGAUAAAGCUGUCCAGAAGCCUUGUAAUGAUCUUGCUUGUUAUUAUGAUAGUUAUCAUCAUCGGUUUCAUCCCUUUUCCAUGAUGUUAGAGAUCAUUAAAAAUAUCGAAACUACUGCAGAAAAGCUGACUGGCUUUAUUCAAGAGGUAGUAAACUUUGGCAUUGAAGAAAAGAAGGUAGGAUUUGUGGAGAAGUUGCACGAAGUUAUCAACUCUUUACAGAAGGUCUCUGUAUCACAACCACAGGUGCCAUUAUUCAUAGGUCUAGCUAAAGCUAAAUACUUUUCUCUUCUUUUAGAAAUUCUAAAGAAGAUAAAUACAUUUUCCUCGGAGCUGGCUAUUGUUGCAGCCACUAAAUUUGAGCUUUUUAAGGAUAGAAAACUGCGGUCCAGACAAAGACAAAACUUUAGCACUCUGAUUGGAGCCCUCCCAUAUUUCAAUAAAUAUCUCGCUCUCACUCGGACUUACAUGUACAGUUCGACCAAGCAUGUAGAAAACCUGGUAAAUUUCGAGUUUGAGGAGAACAAAGAAUUUGUGAAACAUUUAAAAGCCUCGCUGAAGUGCUUUGAAAAUUUGGUAGCAAUAGUAAGUCUAAGCAAAUGGGUCGAAAUAGGGUGCUUUUUAGUAAAUCACUUAGAAAAUUGGAAUGACUUUAAUAUUAAAGAUGUUUAAGUGUUUUAGACAGGUAACUUAUUAAUUUGAGAGAAUUAACUGAAUAAUUUAGUUCACUUAGCAUAUAUUAGCUUAGUAAAUAUUUAUAUUUUCAACUUU